AUGGCUCCUCAAAAGAUUCAAGUUCGGUCGACAGACGAUGAAACGCUACUUUUGGAAUGCUCAUGGCGUCUCCUGAACAAGCCAAUCAACAAAAGCCUCUGGCAGUCGCUGGACAUUGUUUUCGAGCACAUUAACUCGUCGACUGCGGCCGACCAUUUUAACAAUCUUGAGAGCGCUUAUGAUAUCCAUCUCAACAAUGAAAAUUCGAGCCAGAGAAUCUCUCCCGAAUCUUUUGGCUCGGCCACGGCGUUUCAGUUCUUCCUCCAAUGUCUUCGCGCCACGGCCGCAUCCUCUGGAGGGCCUCGACGUGUGGUGAAGCUCAUCGUUCCUCUGCAAAAGGGACAUAUCGUGCGGUCGGACAUAAUUCCUCUGCGUCUAAGAGACUCUCAAUUUGUGGAAACAGGAGUGUCUUUCGCGGAGCCUCUUGAGAGCUACAGCGGCUCGGCGAUUACGCCCUCAGACAGCAGCAACUUUGUGGCACUCUUCUCGGCUGCCACAGCUGGCUUGAUCUUGCACCAUGAUUCUGAGAAGGAAUCCGAUGAUGAACUUGAAGCACUGUCUCUCGCUGUGGAAGACGAGCUUGAGAAUAGGCUCUCAUUCCCCUGGAUAUCGCCCGAGAACAUUCGACGUCGAACGUUGGUGUUAGUAGAAGGGACUCGCGCGCACCCCGAUAAUAGUGGUACAGCGGCGACCAUUUAUCUCGCAGCCAGAGCUCUUGGCAUUAAUAUGGUGGCCUUGGACAACUCAGGACACUGGUUAGAAGGGCCGGAAUAUGCGCACUGGCGUGAAGCAUUUAUUCCCACUAAGCUAACAGACCCCCCAGAAGAGGGCUUCGCCGAUCGAAUCGUCAAGUCUGUGAAAACUUAUGGCAAGCCAGUGGACGGUAUCGUAACUUUCUGCGACUCUUAUGUGACUCAGGUAGCUCAGGCCGCGCAGCAGCUAGGCCUUCGGACUGCUUCGCCGGAUGCACUGCGCACUGCUACGAACAAGUAUUUGACAAGCGUGUUUGCAGGGCAUCAAGCGUAUCAAGCUUCUAGUCCAGAAGAGGCCCUCGAGAUUGUUAGCAAAAACAACCUUCCCUACCCUCUUAUCAUCAAGCCAUGCAAUGGGUGGAGCUCAGAGGGAGUAUUCCGCGUUGAUUCCCUCGAUACUCUCACGGCGGCCGUCAAAUCCAUCGACACAUCUCGUCAUGGGUCCGAGUUUGUCAUAGAGAAAUACUGCUCAGGGCCGGAAGUUGAUACAAACUUCGUCUUGUUGGAUGGCGAGAUCCUCUUCUUCGAGGCGUGCGACGAUUUCCCCAAAACCGCCGACUCCAACGGUCCCAGCGUCGGGUCGCUCAACAACUUCCAUGAGCUGAACAGCGUAUACCCAUCGGCACUACCCGCUCGCGAAAUUGAUGUGCUUCGCGACAGCUUCCUGGAUACGUUACUCAAGCUCGGCCUGCAGAACGGCAUUAUGCAUCUGGAAGGCCGCGUGGAAUCUUCGUCGGUUGACUACAAAACGCAGGAUGGAGUUCUCGACUUGCACCCUCGCGACGCUGCUUCCGUUGCUCUAGAGCCCACUGCUUGGCUCAUUGAGAUAAAUCCGCGUCCGCUCGGUAUGACGGGCUCGCAUGUCAUUGAAUCAACGUACGGAAUCGACUAUUGGGGCUUAGCUAUGCUCAUCGCCGUUGCGGACAAGUCUCGCGCUCGCUCUCUUUCUCAGCCAUUCAAACAUGGAGCCCAGUACACAUGUGUCAUGGUUUUUAUUCCGACGGACUUUCCAUCCUCUUGCCAAGGCAUCUUUGAUUCUGAUGAUAUCUGUGCUGAGCUGAAAGUCCGCAGGCCUGACCUUGCGAAACACAUCAGUCGAUGUGGUUGCUUCGUCAAACGUGGGCAGAAGGUGGCGCAUCCGAGUUCUGGAGUCAACAGCUUUUUGGCUUAUUUUAAUGUUUUCUCGAGAAAGGGGAGGAGAGAGGCGUUGGAAUUGGCGGACAAGGUGCGGGAGGAGGUUCGCUUUUCAUUUAUUUGA